CCGAGCUGACGGGGAAUCUGAACUGGCCGGCUGGGACAGGCUGUCGGUAACUGGACCCAGCCAUGAAAUGGCGUCCUUAACACGCUGCCCUCACUCCACCCACCUCCUUCUCGAAUCUUCUCCCUUCAGCCCUCUUUCAUUCGGUUCGGGCCCGAGAGCGGUUUGGUGCCUGGUGUCUGGUGCUUGGACGAGGUGGAACUGCAAUUUGUAUGCACAGCGAUAAUCGAACCCGGGGGUCACGGCAGCAGCCGCUUUUGUUAAGGUGUAGUAAGCAAGCAAGGUACGGGUUGCGGGACCAGGGUCAGGUAGGAAGGACAAAGUGGCUUGUGACAGAUUGAUUGAUGAGGCUCGUGAGGGAUGAAUAAAUGUCUGUCUUGCCCGCCUUUCUGUAUCAUUAGUGGGCACGGCCAAAACUUAAGGCUGCAGAUUGGCGGUUUGGCAAAGGUGAAGCGCUGUCUUAUUUAACAGCACGACGCAUGGCAUCUAACCAGGGUGACAAG